AGCCACGACGACCCGCUGGAACAGUUCAUGGAGAUUCAACUGACUGAAAACUCAAAGAUGGAAGAACUGAUUCGCGAAAACGAGGGCAAAGUCAAAGAUCCGAACCAGUGCGUCAUGUGCCAUCGUAUUCUAAGCUGCCGGAGCGCCCUGCAGAUGCACUACAGAACGCACACCGGGGAACGCCCCUACAAAUGCAAACUCUGCUCUCGAACCUUCACGACGAAGGGCAACUUGAAGACUCACAUGAGCGUCCAUCGAGGCAAAACCUUUCAGCGGUCGAUACACAAGUGUCCCAUCUGUUUCAGGGAGUUUUCAAACCCGCUCGUCUUGCAGCAGCAUUUCAGAAGCCACGCAAGCGAA